AUGAAUACCGGUAGAGAAAAGCGCAAAGCAGCCGUGGAGGCCGAGCGGAUCACCAAACGAAUCGCUUUGGAGCUCGCUGCUCAGACACCCCGUUCUCCACAUACCCUUCCAGCGACGGCGAGCAAUCCGAGAACCCCUUCGCCUACGCCUGAUGAGCAGCUUGCGAGAGAGUUGGAUGAGAGAACUGGUUAUGAUGGAGGAGGAGGAAUGGCCUCGGCGCCGAGGAGAAAUACUUCGGGUUCAGCUUCAGCUUCAGGAUCGGGCUCAUCUUCUCAUAUGUCGCUCAUCGAACAAGUCCAGCAACUCCAGAGACAACAACGUGAGGUAAAGGAAGCCAAGGCGAGCGUGCAAGGACAGGGCAAGCGGCCAACGCCUAGCAAGAUUGUGAAGCUGCACGUCUCUCCAGAAAGGCUGUUGGAAAUAUCUUUGAGUCCACCGCGACCUAGUGCCGACGUUAUGUUGCGUGGUACUCCUGCUCCGACCGCAUUACCUUAUCCUCGCGCCACGGGACGUCCAUCUGAACAACAAAUUACGCCAAGGGCUCAGAUGGGUUCAAGUCCUCCACAAGCUACUGGCUUUGAAGCUCCAACAGCAUUGCCUUGCUAUCGUGAGCCAGGACGGUUACAUAGCAGUCCACCUGAACAACAAGUUCGACCAAGAAGUCAGACGCAGACGGGUUCGAGUCCUCCACAAGCUGCCGGCUUUCAAUCACCUUCUCUCCCACAGAGCCACUCUGCCUCCGGUAGACGUCAAGGCCAGCAUUCGAGUCCACCAUCAGGAGGUAGCCGCCGCGAGCCUGGUCAAUUACAUAGCAGUCCUCCGGAGGUGAAAUUAUCCCGAGCUCGAGCUCAGAGCGUUUCGACCACUCCACAAACCAGCAGACACUCUCCACCAUUCAUUUUGAGAACGCCUCCAGGCUUCCCAGUAGGAUUCAACGACCCUCGAACCAACCCUACAGUUGCAGCAGCAAAUCGAUCCCCGUUCCCGCAACCUCCGCCUCCGCCUCCGACUUCAACUAAACUAGACCAAAGUCGUAUCACAACGGGAUUUCCACAAACGGAGAUUGAUAGAGUCCAUCCGGAUCCUCGCAAGAAGAAAGCCUCGUCUUCCAAACCGCAACAAGCCACUCGACAAUGGGCUGAACACCCGCAAGCUGCGAGCCAAGCCCAGCAGCGAGCACUGUCUGGAGUAAAUAGCUUUAUAGCCGAAGUCCAGAGCAGGAACUCGUCUUCCAAUCCGCAACAAGCUUCUCGACAAUGGGCUGAACACCCACAAACUGCGAGCCAAGCACAGCAGCGAGCACAGUUUCAAGCAAAUAGUUCGAUGGCCAAUUUCCAGAGCAGGAACUCGUCUUCCAAUCCACAACAAGGUAGUCGACAAUGGGCUCUCCACCAGCCAGCUAUGCCCCUAGCACAACAGCAAGUAAUGCUUGAUGUAGCAAAUAUGUCCACAGCCGAUUUGACGAGGAUCGCAGCCAACGCAGCUGCUACUGCUCGAGCUGAAGGAAGAGAGUUGGCGCCAAAUCCCACUAUGGACCAGUUGGUUGAAAUUGCGAAGAAUAGCAGAUUCUUAAUUCAAGGAAGAGUUCCAGCGGCACAAGCUUCAACCCGGACGACCAACCUGGCCCACAAUCCAACUGGAAGAGAAGUGUCCGAGAAGGGCAAGUUAGUAGCAGCCCAUCUGAAUGCUGUCGGUCAGAGUCCAGUUCGUGUACUGGCUAUGCCUGCAUACCCUCAAGAAUCUCAUGCAGAGAGAGCAAUUCGGACCUUCUUCGCAAAUGUGCAUGCUAUUCCGAACAAUGGACAGAACAUUGGUGUUCGUCUGAGCCACAUCCAAAAUGCCAAUGGACAAGGACCACUUCUUCGAAGACGAACAUUGACGAAUGAGCCAACGCAAAAGGUUCUAGACAGAACGGAUAGACUCAUUAACGUGUUGAAAAACCAAAAGCAGCAAGCUUCGCUCCAAGGUGCGGCUAUUGCUCCACAAGUACAACAAGUCGAGCAUGUACAAGAGAAGGACAACAAGCAAAACACCCCAAGUGCUAAUGACAAGGAAAGUUGGGAAGCUUUUAUGAACGAUGCUUGGGUCGAAGAAGACCCUGAUCAGCCGACGCUGGACGAGUUGAUGGAGUUGACCGGAUACCGACCUCUAACUCCAGGGCCGGGUUUUGGACCCCCUCCGCCAGAAGAACAAAUUGAUGCAGAUGACGAGAAACUGCGACGUUAUAUACUUCUCGCAGCCACUUGCAAAAACGUCCAUACCGCUGGCAAAGAAACCCGGGAGAGCGCAAAGAAGCCAAAACCAGCAGAACGACCACAGCUCGUGUUGGAAUUCUCAAAAUCCGCUCUAGCUAGGAUUCCCUGUGCGAAGACAUCUCCACGUUUUAUUAACGAAGUUCCCAUGUUUGCAAAUUGGAAUCAAAGCCAAUUGAUUGAGCAGAUGGACAACAACGGUUGCACAUUCUGUCUCUUUGACGGCGACUUUGGCGUCUAUGAUUCUCGAGUUUUGCUUCCUGCUGAGGCCUCGCGUGGCUAUUGCUAUGAAUGCCACAUAGAAACCGCACAUGCCACCAACAAGCAGUGCUUUGACGCCGAAGUCCCAAAGAAGUCAAAGGACCUCUUUGAUUUUUUGACCGAGGUAAUCCACGAUGAGGAUGAUGAGGUUUUUGGCUGGGUCAACCAACCCGAAUCACAGUCUGCUCUCAAUGAGCCGACGCGGAGAAGCCUACCUCCAUUGAAAGAGCUAUGCAUGGAAUUGGGAUACAGGGACCAGGCGAAUAGUUUCUCUAGCGAUCCAGGAAGACAGAAAGCCUUGAAUAUGCUACAUCCAAAGACCGCAUUCGAGAACGCUAUGAAGGCUGCAAAGCUCCGGAACAGUACCUCGCCGUCACUUGUCCAAGGCGGACCAGUGCAAGCUCCUAUUCAGUCUCAAGGAAGCAGUAUUGGUGAUAGGUCCAGCACUAUCUCCGUGGAUCCUAGAUAUAUUCAUAGACCAGGUCCAAUGUCACCGAAUGGUAGUGUCGGUCCCAGUCAAGGUUUCGCAAAUCCACUCGGGAUGGCAGGUGUCGUUGCAAUUAAGUCACCUCAAGCGAGCAAUGUUGGUGACAGGAUUGGCACCUCUCCUGUGGGAACUAGACCAAAUCCUAGACAAGGCCCAAUGACCCCAAAUGGUAGCGUCGGUCCUAGUCAAGGUUUCGGAGCAGUACCUCCAAUGACAAGUUCACCUAGACCACCUCAAGCAAGCAACAUUGGUGAUAGGGCUGGUACUCCUGCCGUGGGAACUGGAAGUAAUCCUGGACAAGAUCCAAUGCCUCGGAAUGGUAGCGUCAGUUCUGGUACAGGCUUCGCAAAUCCUCUCGGAAUGACAGGUAUACUCAAAACCAAACCACCUCGUCCGUCGCCUUUAUCGACUGUCACGGAGAUGUCCCCUAUGAAGAAUGCAGCCUCCGGUUUAGGUAUUCGAUCAUCAUCUACGAUUAAACAGGUUGCGGGCAUUCCUGGUCCAUCGAACAGUCAAUCUGCCAGUGGCUCGGGCUCGCAGAGUAAUAACUUCGUAGGAGGUACUAGCGGCGACGUUGAUACAGAAAUGGUACUUACACCACUCACCGGAGAGACAUUCAACUGCAUCUACAUCCCCGCAAGUCCAACCCCUUCUCAGCAGGACAGCUUUGGCGCACCAACUCCUCAACUUAAAAAUGGCCCAUUUCCAGAAGUGGCCCCUCAACCCAGGAGACGUCGUGCAACUCUCAGCGCGAUUGAUGGCAUGGAUAUCUCUGAACAUACGACCCCUGGAUUCUGUCGUGCAAAUCCGUAUCGACAAGUUGAUGUCUUGAAGGCCAAGAUCUGUGGCAAUUGCCGCUAUGAGAAGUUCAAGAUCUGCGAGCACCGACAUUUGAGCUGGAAGUUAAUGAUCGAAAAGAACCCGGCUAGAGACACUGGUGACAAAUAUAGACGUCAUCGAAGCUGCAUGGUUUGCCCUGGUCAGGCCAUGUACACUUGUGCCGGAUGCCCCCUGAGAUUGUGCCCUGACUGCCAAACACUCAUGGAGACCCAGUGCAAGGGAUGGCUGAACAACUUAUUCUACUUUUAUGGCAGAACACACCUUCGAAACGAUGCCUUCUUGCUCAGAUCGGAUGGCUUCGGUUACUGA